AUGAGUGAACAAUUGGAGCUUACAACGUCUACUAAAUCAAUUCUAAAUAAUAAAUGGGACGUGGUUUUGUCUAACUUGGUAGUGAAGGCAGGUUUAGGAUUUGGAGUUGGGGUUUUUGCCUCUGUUUUAUUCUUCAAAAGACGUGCUUUUCCAGUAUGGUUGGGAAUUGGGUUUGGUUUAGGAAGGGGAUAUUCAGAAGGUGAUGCUAUUUUCCGCUCGCAUGCAGGUUUAAGGACCGUUAAGGCAUGA